GUGUUCUCGGACGAGAAAAACUUUCCACUGACCGUCAAGUUCGCCAAACCCGUCCCGACCUCUAAUGAUCGGUUACAUUUGGCCGGAUUGUGGCAUGGUUUGCACCGACUGUCUCGUCAUUUAAGUCCGUUACAGGACACUCCGAUCACCGAUUUCCCCGAUCUGACGGACAAACGGGGCCCGGUGAUUUUCAACUCGGGUAUCCAGAGUCUGGAAUGUGCGUCCUGUCGUAUUCACUGUUUCGAAUCCCGUAUCGGCGUGAAAUUUCUUCUAAUCACCGAUGCAAAAUUACCGUCCGCCUCACGUGAAGCACUCAAACGGAUCUAUGAGGCCUAUACGGAUUACGUGCUGAAAAAUCCGUUCUACGCACCCAAUCAGUUGUUCAACUACGAAUUUUUCACAAAUCAAGUUCGACUGAUAUGUGAACAAGUGGAACGGGGAAUUUACGGGCCGAAUUAG